GGGCGGGAUUUCCGGCCGGCUGUUCCGUCAGGUGCCUUUCCCGGGCGUCUCCCCACCACCUCCUCAGCUUCCCUCGUCCGUGACGCUGCGCCCGGGAGAAACCCGCCGGGACAGGGGCUGCAGGGCCGCGAGCUGCAGUGAGAAAAGUUUCUUUUUCACUUUCUAUGACCGGUUAAAAGAAGAUGGAUGCACAGAAUUCAGCCAAAGUCAACACAAGAAAAAGGAGGAAAGAGGCACCUGGACCCAAUGGGGCAACAGAGGAAGAUGGGAUUACUUCCAAAAUGCCACGCUGUGCAGUUGGCUUACGGCAGCCAGCUCCUUUUUCUGAUGAAAUUGAAGUAGACUUUAAUAAGCCCUAUGUCAGGGUAACUAUGGAAGAAGCCAGCAGAGGAACACCUUGUGAGCGACCUGUGAGAGUUUAUGCAGAUGGAAUAUUUGACUUAUUUCAUUCUGGUCAUGCCCGGGCUCUGAUGCAAGCAAAGAACCUUUUCCCUAAUACAUACCUCAUUGUGGGAGUUUGCAGUGAUGAGCUAACGCACAACUUCAAAGGCUUCACAGUGAUGAACGAGAGUGAGCGCUACGAUGCAGUGCAGCACUGCCGCUACGUGGAUGAGGUGGUGAGGAAUGCCCCCUGGACCCUGACACCGGAGUUCCUGGCAGAGCACCGGAUUGAUUUUGUGGCCCAUGAUGACAUCCCUUAUUCUUCCGCAGGAAGUGAUGAUGUUUAUAAGCACAUUAAGGAAGCAGGCAUGUUUGCUCCAACACAGAGGACAGAAGGUAUCUCUACAUCAGACAUCAUCACCCGAAUUGUCCGGGACUAUGAUGUGUAUGCCAGACGGAACCUACAGAGGGGCUACACGGCAAAGGAGCUCAAUGUCAGCUUUAUCAACGAGAAGAAAUACCAUUUGCAGGAACGAGUUGACAAAGUAAAGAAGAAAGUGAAAGAUGUGGAAGAAAAGUCAAAAGAAUUUGUUCAGAAAGUAGAGGAAAAAAGCAUUGACCUCAUUCAGAAAUGGGAGGAGAAAUCCCGAGAAUUCAUUGGAAAUUUCCUGGAAAUGUUUGGUCCAGAAGGAGCACUGAAACAUAUGCUGAAAGAAGGGAAAGGCCGGAUGCUGCAGGCCAUCAGCCCAAAGCAGAGUCCCAGCAGCAGCCCCACUCGUGAACGCUCCCCCUCCCCCUCUUUCCGAUGGCCCUUCUCUGGCAAGACUUCCCCUUCUUCCUCUCCAGCAAACUUCUCCAGGCACAAGGCUGCAGCCUAUGAUAUCAGUGAAGAUGAAGAAGACUAAUUUUUCAGCCCUCCUUUCCUCUCCCCUCCCUUUGUCCCAUCACCUUCAAAAGCUCUGUUGAAUUCCAAAUUGUGAUCCCAACAAUAAACCUAAGGACGGCUACAAAGGAAAGACAAUUGGGCCAGAGGACCUCAGACGGGGGGGACCAGACAGCCCAUUCUCCAAGAGACAUCCCCCACCCAAGAAGGAGGCUGACUACACCCUAGAGGCCUUUUCUGCAUCCAUAUACCCUCCUCUUUGACUUUGCUUUACUGUUUAUGUUCAUAUGAUCUUGACAGGGAAAUUACCAUUUUUAUUAAUUUUUAAAAAUUAAUCUUUAAAAUAUAGUAAAUAGAACUAA